AUGCCUGCCGCUUGUUCAUCAGAUGGCCAUCUGAUGAACGUUUUGGAGCGUCCACAAGCGUGUGGAUGUACUACGAGUGAGUGCGAUGGCCUCACUUGUGGUACGGUCGUUAGUACGACUGCACAAAACCUUAGUGUACCAAACGGUUACACUUCGGAGCAAAGUUCCGGCGGCUGUGAGGAAACACAGGCUGCGCCGAAGGUCCACCACUCGAAUAAGUCGGGUGGACUGGGACAAAGAUGUAUCCCUAGAGGGGAACAUCUAGAAGAGAAACAAUCGAUCGCUCAGGUUAAGCGAAACGAUAAUCCUAGAUCGACUGGAGAGUCUUUCGUAGAGGAUCUCGCUGUGGUUGCGCAACCCCAGCUAGAGGAAGUAAAGGGAAUAAGUCCCAAGAUUACAAAUACGGCGGAAAUAAGUUCCCCGAAACCCGCGGGAAUAAGUCCCCGGGAAGACGAAGGAAUAAGUCCUUCGAAGCCUGAGGGAAUAAGUCCCCAGGAAAUGACAGAGACAUUGAAUGUCAUAGUCAAUAACGGAUCAUGUGUAGGCGCUUAUACACUUGAUCUGAUUGCGCCUCCGAAGUUAACUUCGGAGAUCACUCAGCUGCCAACGCUCGAACAUAAAAGAUUCUUGCGUGAUCUGCGUAGUGGCAAAGUCAAGCAGAUCUGCAUACUCGUCGCUGAAGACGAGUAUGUAACCGACAUAAGGUCAGCAACAGUGUUUACUGAGAACGAGAGAGUUCUCAGUAGUUCAUCUAUGGACGAGAGUGUCCUAGAUGAAAAGACACGAAUUGAGCGAUAUGAGUCCCAAUCAUGGGAAUCGCUCAAGGAAAAUCCUCUCUAUGAAGAUUUGGUUGAAUUCAAGGAUGUAUUCCCUGAAACUGUUCCGUGCGAAUUACCGAAGGAUAAAGGUAUUCGACACGAAGUCGAGCUUAAACCAGGCUCGAAGUACUGUGUCAUGAAGCAGUGGCCACUGCCUCGUGAACAAGUACUUGCGAUCGACAAGUUCUUUGCCGAUCGUUUAGCAGCGGGCCAUGUGAGGGAAUCAACUUCCCCACAUAGCUCUCCGACCUUCUGUGUGCGAAAAGCAACAGGAGGGUGGCGGAUAGUGCACGCGUUUAACAAAUUGAACGCUGCAACGGUACCGGCUCAGACGCCGAUACCGAGGAAGGACGUAAUCAUUGAUGGUAUGUCAAAGAGUACCAUCUUUUCGUCCAUGGAUUUUGUAGCGGAGCUACACAGCUCCUUAAGUCAGAGGAAGACUUAA